CAGCCGAGGGGAGAGUCACUCGCAGCAGCCGCGGGGGCCGCUCGCAGCAGCCGCGGACUUGUGAAUGGGACCCGGACUGGGACCGGGGCUGACACCGCUGCGCUCGCCCAGCGCCGGGGACCUGCGGCCGGAGCUCGCGCCCACCCUCCAGGGCCCCAGACAUUACUGUAUUGUUGGUGAAGUGGCCCCGUGUCAAUCAUUCCCGUCGCCAUUUGUUGCGUGACCAAUCAGAUGGGUGGAGUGCGUUUCAGAAAUUGGCAGCAAGUGUCCAAUGGGUGAAGAAGAAGCCGCCCGGGGAAGUGGACAGCCCUGACGUGAUGUGCUCGGCGAGCAGAGACAAUCCAUUCCAAGAGAGGUCUGUGUGACGCGUCUGGGAGGCCACCAUCGGCCAGGCCGCCGCACGGUCGGUGGAAGGGGCGACAGCCGCAUUCUCCUGUGCCUACCACGUAACCAAAAAUGAAGGAGAACUACUGUUUACAAGCCGCCCUGGUGUGCCUGGGCAUGCUGUGCCACAGCCAGGCCUUCAGCACCGAGCGGAGGAGCCACCUGCGACCCUCGUUCCACGGGCACCACGAGAAGGGCAAGGAGGGGCAGGUGCUGCAGCGCUCCAAGCGAGGCUGGGUCUGGAACCAGUUCUUCGUGAUAGAGGAGUACACCGGGCCGGACCCCGUGCUCGUGGGCAGGCUUCAUUCCGAUAUUGACUCUGGUGAUGGGAACAUUAAAUACAUUCUCUCAGGUGAAGGAGCCGGAACCAUUUUUGUGAUUGAUGACAAAUCAGGGAACAUUCAUGCCACCAAGACACUGGACCGAGAGGAGAGAGCCCAGUACACGCUGAUGGCUCAGGCGGUGGACAGGGACACCAACCGACCGCUGGAGCCGCCGUCGGAGUUCAUCGUCAAGGUCCAGGACAUUAACGACAACCCCCCCGAGUUCCUGCACGAGACCUAUCACGCCAACGUGCCCGAGAGGUCCAAUGUGGGGACAUCAGUGAUCCAGGUGACAGCGUCGGAUGCAGACGACCCCACCUACGGAAACAGCGCCAAGCUGGUGUACAGCAUCCUCGAAGGCCAGCCCUACUUUUCGGUGGAAGCACAGACAGGCAUCAUCAGAACGGCCCUUCCCAACAUGGACAGGGAAGCCAAGGAGGAGUACCACGUGGUGAUCCAGGCCAAGGACAUGGGGGGACACAUGGGUGGACUCUCAGGGACAACCAAAGUGACGAUCACCCUGACCGACGUCAACGAUAACCCGCCCAAGUUUCCGCAGAGCGUGUACCAGAUGUCUGUGUCGGAAGCGGCCGUCCCCGGGGAGGAAGUGGGCAGAGUGAAGGCUAAGGACCCGGACAUUGGGGAGAACGGCCUAGUCACGUACACCAUUGUGGAUGGAGACGGCAUGGAGCUGUUUGAAAUCUCAACGGACUAUGAGACACAGGAGGGCGUGGUGAAGCUGAAAAAGCCCGUAGAUUUUGAAACCAAAAGAGCAUACAGCUUGAAGGUAGAGGCAGCCAACGUGCACAUUGACCCCAAGUUCAUCAACAACGGGCCUUUCAAGGACACUGUGACGGUCAAGAUCGCAGUAGAAGACGCUGACGAGCCCCCCAUGUUCCUGGCCCCGAGUUACAUCCAUGAAGUGCAAGAAAAUGCAGCCGCUGGCACCGUGGUCGGGAGAGUCCAUGCCAAAGACCCCGAUGCUGCCAACAGCCCGAUAAGGUAUUCGAUCGAUCGCCACACUGACCUGGACAGGUUUUUCACUAUUAAUCCAGAGGACGGUUUUAUUAAAACGACAAAACCUCUGGACAGAGAGGAGACAGCCUGGCUCAACAUAUCCGUGUUUGCCGCAGAAAUCCACAAUCGGCAUCAGGAAGCCAAAGUCCCAGUGUCCAUCAGGGUCCUGGAUGUCAAUGACAACGCUCCCAAGUUUGCUGCCCCGUACGAAGGCUUCAUCUGUGAGAGUGACCAGACCAAGCCGCUUUCUAGCCAGCCAAUUGUUACAAUUAGUGCAGAUGACAAGGAUGACACAGCCAAUGGACCAAGAUUUAUCUUCAGUCUACCCCCCGAAAUCAUUCACAAUCCAAACUUCACAGUCAGAGACAAUAGAGAUAACACCGCAGGGGUGUACGCCCGGCGCGGGGGGUUCAGCCGGCAGAAGCAGGAUUUGUACCUCCUGCCCAUCGUGAUCAGCGACGGUGGCAUCCCGCCCAUGAGCAGCACCAACACCCUCACCAUCAAGGUGUGUGGGUGCGACGUGAAUGGGGGGCUGCUGUCCUGCAACGCCGAGGCCUACAUCCUGAACGCCGGCCUGAGCACGGGGGCGCUGAUUGCCAUCCUGGCCUGCAUCGUCAUCCUCCUGGUCAUCGUAGUCUUGUUUGUGACCCUGAGGAGGCAAAAGAAAGAACCGCUCAUCGUCUUUGAAGAGGAAGAUGUCCGGGAGAACAUCAUUACCUACGACGAUGAAGGGGGCGGGGAGGAAGACACGGAAGCCUUCGAUAUCGCCACCCUGCAGAACCCGGACGGCAUCAAUGGAUUUAUCCCCCGCAAAGACAUCAAACCCGAGUAUCAGUACAUGCCGCGGCCCGGGCUGCGGCCAGCGCCCAACAGCGUGGACGUCGACGACUUCAUCAACACGAGAAUACAGGAGGCGGAUAACGACCCCACCGCCCCUCCUUAUGACUCCAUCCAAAUCUACGGCUACGAAGGCCGGGGCUCGGUGGCCGGGUCCCUGAGCUCCUUAGAGUCUGCCACCACAGAUUCAGACUUGGACUACGACUACCUACAGAACUGGGGACCUCGUUUUAAGAAACUGGCAGACUUGUACGGUUCCAAAGACACUUUUGAUGACGACUCUUAACAAUAACGAUACAAAUUUGGCCUUAAGAACUGUGUCUGGCGUUCUGAAGAAUCUAGAAGAUAUGUAAACAGGUAUUUUUUUAAAUCAAGGAAAGGCUCAUUUCGAACAAGCAAAGUUUUACAGAGAGGAUACAUUUACUAAACCUGCAAGGACAUCAAAGUGGUAAGUACUGGGAGGUACCUUUUCUCGCCGAAAGGCAAAUAUUGAAGUUUAUCGGCUUCGCUGGAGGAAAACCACUUGGCAUACAAAGUAUUUAAGUGAAGGAAAAGUCUAAUGGUGAACUUACAAUGAAGGGAAAUCGUUUCUGUGUUACGAACAUCUAAGUCCUUCUUUCUUCUUCUUUUUUUAAUUUGUCAAAGAAGCUUCCACAAAAUUAGAAAGGACAACAGUUCCGAGCUGUAAUUUCGCCUUAAACUAUGGACACUCUAUAUGUAGUGCAUUUUUAAACUUGAAAUAUAUAAUAUCCAGCCAGCUUACACCCAUGCGAUGUAUGUACAAUACAAUGUACAAUUCUGUCUCUUGAGCAUCGAUCUUGUUACUGCUGAUUCUUGUAAAUCUUUUUGCUUCUCCUUUCAUCUUAAACUAAUACGUGCCAGAUAUAACUGUCUUGUUGCGGUGAGAGGCGCCCUAUUUCUAUGUCAUUUUUAAUGUAUCUAUUUGUACAAUUUUAAAGUUCUUAUUUUAGUAUACAUACAAAUAUCAGUAUUCUGACAUGUAAGAAAUGUUACGGCAUCACACUUAUAUUUUAUGAACAUUGUACUGUUGCUUUAAUAUGAGCUUCAAUAUAAGAAGCAACCUUUGAAAUAAAAAAAAAGAUUCUUUUUUAAUUCUGGGCUUGGUUCUUAACAUUGGAAAAAUUAAGUGUUUCUUAUGACCCAUUUAUAUUUCUAAUUCAAGAUAUUGUGGUCUUUUCAUAGCCCUAUUUAUGAACUGUUACUAGUCUGCUGCUUUUAUUGUUUAUUUAAAAUCCAGUCUGUUUUGCCAGUGUGUUUUCAGAUAAGAUUCUGUAACAUUGUGUAAAGCUCUCUUGUACAUUCUCAGUGUUGGCUUCCUGGCUCCUCUUCGCACACAUCUGAGAAAGUGGGAUGCUGAAGAUCCAGCCCAGUCUAUGAGUUCGCAGCACUUGUUAUAUGAUACGCAUUUAUCUUGUCUAUCAGUAAUUCAGUGGUUAUGAGAGAUGAGUCUGUGAGGGAAUGAAAUCAUCAGAACUCUCAAGUUCAAGAUGUAGAUUGUAUGCCCCACACCGAGCAUUUGGGGGUUGGGAGUCUGGAGAGGCAAAAAUAUAAAUUGGCCAUGGGUAGGUAUCAGACCUCCAAUGUUACUCUAUUUUUCCUUACUUUCAUCUUGCCAGGCGAUCAUAGUGACUCUGACAGUUAAAACUGCUUACUUUUUCUCCGGAAUUUAACUUCUCUUAAAAUAAGGCAGAGUUUUAAAUUUGGAUAAAAGAGCAAUUCAUUUCCACACCUUUGUUUUCCAAUAUGCUUUGGGCCCUAAGCCCAGAACGAGGGCAGGGACCAUGGUGGAUGCUGAGGGUCAAUGCCAUUUGAUGCGUUUGAUGUGUGAGAACGCCUGCAGUCUCCCGCAGUGCCCUCCAGCUGCCCGCGGAUGGGGACUUUCUCGGAAAGGACAUUUCCCCUGCUCAGUUGGGUCAAAGGUCAAAAUGUAGCAAUACUCGGGGAAAGACCACACCACGUCAUGUAGCCAGUGCUUCCCCCAGACACAGGGCACACGCCUUCUAUUGGAUUGCAGACAAUUUUUAGACUGAUGUUUUUUCUUUAUGGUGGAAAUUUCUUUUAAGCAUUUCCUGAUAUCUUGCUACAUACUAUUUUUAUGACUGAGUCAAAAUGCAUACAAAGAAAAAUGUUCCUGUGAAAGCGCUCACUUCCAUUUUACUUUGCAUUGAAAUCAAAUUGUCUGAACACGCCAGUGGGAUAAAUUCUGUGGACAGUGUCACUUCGGAAUCUUUCAUUUCAGUGAAGGAUUGCACAUUCUCAAUGCUUCCGUAAUUGCAGGUUUUGUUCAUUUUUUAUAUAGUUUUUGUAAUCCAAAGAAUAUUUUGCUAGAUUUGCACAGCUCUCCAAUUGAAUUUGAAAUGAAGAAAUAACUCAAAAGGAGUAUGAUAGCACUUAAACAAGUAUACAGCUAUAAGUAACCCUGUCACCGUGGAUGAUCCUUUUUCUAUAAAUGUAUUUGGAUUAGAUUUGACAAAUAUGUUUUCACAUUUUUAUGUUUAAAUUUUUUUUUAAAAAGGCUGUCUACUUUCAAUAGUCAAAAAUACUUGUUUUUCUUUCUAUCUUCUCUCUCUUUUUUAUUUUAAGCCUCUAUUGUUCAUAGAACCCUCUUAGAAGCUUGGAAAUAAAAUGUCUUUUCUGA